UAGACCGCCGGAAUCUUUCCGUUGCCACCGGCGCCGCCGCGCCGCCAUGUUCCGCCUCCGAAGCACCAUGCUCAGCCGUCUCCUCUCUCCAUCCUCCGCCUGCCCCGUCUCCUCUAUCCAGCGCUUCCUCUCCGCCGAGGCCCCCCUCAUUACCCCAAAACCUAGCUUCGCCGUCGAGGAUUACCUUGUCACCACCUGCGGCCUCACCCGAGCGCAAGCUCUCAAGGCCUCCGCCAAGCUCUCCCACCUCAAAUCCCCCGCCAAUCCCGACGCUGUCCUUGCCUUCCUCGACGGCGUCGGCCUCUCCAACGCAGACGUCGCCGCCCUCGUCGCCAAAGACCCGGAGUUCCUCUGCGCCAGCGUAGAGAGAACCCUAGCCCCCAUCGUCGUCGGGCUCAGCGGCCACGGCCUCUCACAUGCUGAGAUCGCGCGCCUCUUCUCGCUCGGCCUCUCCAUCUACCGUUGUAGAUCCGCCGUCUCCAAUCUACCAUACUACAUGUCGCUCUUCGGCUCCACCGAGAACCUCGUCCGGUUUCUCAGGCGAAGCUCCAGCCUCCUCGGAAGCAGCCUUGAGAAGGUGGUCAAGCCCAAUGUCGCGUUCCUGCGGGAGUGUGGGCUAGGUGAUUGUGAUAUUUCCAAGUUGUGCCUCUCUUCCCCAUGGCUGUUCAAAAUGAACCCAGAGCGCGUCCAAGCGAUGGUGGAGCGCACCGAAGAGCUUGGUGGGCACCGUGGGUCCGUGAUGUUCAGGCAUGUGCUGAAGGCUGUUGCAUCCCUUGGCGAGGGGAAGAUCGCGGACAAAAUGGAGUACUUGAAGAACACGUUCAGGUGGUCGGAUGCUGAGGUGGGCACUGCUGUUUCUGGGCUUCCAGCGAUGCUGGCGAGUUCUAAGGACAUACUGCAGAGGAGGUCAGAAUUCCUCAUCUGUGAGGUGGGGUUGGAACCACCCUACAUUGCUCGUCGCCCGGCAUUGCUCUCUUAUAGCUUGGAGGGCCGGCAGAGACCCCGCUUUUAUGCUGUGAAGUUUCUCAAGGAAAAUGGACUGCUCAAGCGUGACCCGAGCUACUAUGCAAUAGUCCAGGUCACCGAGAAGGUAUUCAUGGAGAGGUACAUAUUCCCUCACAAGGAAGCCGCACCACAUCUCGCUGAAGACUAUGCAACCGCUUGUAGAGGGGCGGUGCCUGCUAGACUCAUGUUUGCAUGAACCAAGAACUGGCAUGGAAACUGGUAGCUGCGUAUGGCACAUCAAAUUUCGCUCUGCGUAUUAGCCUGACAAUUCCUGAUUCGGUAUUCUUGGCCUAACAGAGUGGUGGAUGUUUGCUUAGUACCUUAUAUAUGUUCAUGACAACAUCCAGUGGAGAAGAAAGCAUCGCACUGCUAUCUUGUCCAUCCUCAGGUCAUAUUGGAACACAUAUUGGAAGUAAGAGAGUGAGAUCCCAGAUAUGGGCAUUCUGCAAAUGCUUUCAAGUUUCAAUGAGUAGCAUAUCUGCACACUAUAUCUUUAUGUUCUCAAAUGGCCAUUGCAGAUUUGGGUGCAAAACUCAAUAUAUUUUCCCAUGAAAUAAGAUUCUAAUUAUCGCCAUGAAGAUGAUAUGAAAGUCUCCUAAUGCUUUGAUUCCAUAGUUUCUGGCCUUCUGAACUUAUGUGCUUCACAACUCAAUACUUUGUUAUGCUAUUUGUUAACUUAUGAGAUGGCACCAAAAUUAUAUCUUCUUGUUAUCUACAAAAUCCAGUGUUUUCAUAUAUGGUUGUUGAUUGAUCUACCAUAAUGUUUGAGAGCUCUGGUUAGUGAUAUGUUGAUUUGGUUGGUGUUUGCAAGAUCAACCUCUGUUGUUAUAUUAGUAUUCUCAUUAUCUGUGGGAUUUUUGGAAUCUGCGGGCAUGCACCUUCACUUCUUUAUGAUAAUUAAAGCUUCCCUUUUUUACUAGGUGCUGAUUUUCUUAUCUAUAAUUCCAAGUAUUUAUUCAAGUUUGUGUCCUUUUUAUGUGUCAGGCUGUGGCAGCAUGCCCCUGAAAUCCUGAGCAUUUUAUCCAGUAAGAGAUAAACACUUAAUAAUCAAAUUCUAUUUGGAGAUAUUUCUAUUUUGAUUCUGUUUCAACUUGCAAAUAACUGAUAACAAAAAGUUUUGUAGAUGCGACCUUUCAUGCAUGACAUUGGAACAUGGUUCGGAACAUUUGCAAGGGUGAAAAAAAAAUAUCCUUGAGUCCAUUUCUUCAGCGACAACUUCUGGUACAGCAAUCCCAUCACAUAUCCUCUUUUGUUCUUUCUAACCCGGUCAGCAGCUUAGGCCUUUGAGAGGCCGACCAAUGAGUAAAAUUAAAAACAAACAAUAAUAAACUCUAGAAGUCAUAAGUAGUUUUCUGUUGCUAAGUAGUAUCUGUGGAAUCUGGUAAGCUGAUCUUCUAGAAUCAGUGGCAGGGGCAGACCCAGACCAAAUGUUCAGUGGGGGCAAUUCAGCUGAGUGGGGGCAGUUCUAGUGCAAAUUCCAUAUUUUUGCAACUUUUCCUUCGAUUGCAGACAAAUAACACGGGAAUUUCAAAAAUUUAGUGGGGGCCACUGCCUCCACUCAGCUAUACAUGGGUCCACCCCUGAUCAGCGGUGUGCCUGCCUAUCAUCUGUGGAGUUUUGCUUCCUUGGAAUAGUAGAGAGUUGAUGAUAGCUGUUGGAGUUAGCUUGGUUGUUCCGGACCAUUUGGAAGACGAGAAAUUUAGCUUGUUUUCGGCAAACCAUCCUGAUUAUUCUAGCUACUAACUUGGUUUUACAUUUUUUUCUACUGGAUCACCUACUUGGUUGGGAGCCAAGCUGCGGCAGCUAGUGGCAAGUGAUGUCGUUCAUGGCUGGAACGUUUGUUGCUAUGCUGCGCUUGGAGAAUGGCUGAAGAACAAUUUGGCUAUCUGCCUGCUAUAUGUGUAUCUCUGAACUUCUUUGGACUUGGUUUGGUCAGUGCCCAUGUAUGGCUGACGUUGUACCAGGAGUAGUAGCUUCUGUUGGGGCAGUGGUUCAGAAAUAUGGAAUGUGGUUUGUCCUUC